AUGAAUCCUGCAAAUGAUGAUACAGUGUUUGGGACCACUUUUGAAUGGGACUAUCUCUUAUGGGAAGUUCGUUUGACGUUUUUAGCUGCUGGCUUUUUAAUCUACUUGGGAAUAUUCCUUCUGUCUCACUGGUUGUCUUCAUGGAUAAGUACCACUUAUCGUGCCUUGUAUGCAAAGGAGAAAGUGUUUUGGAAUAUGGCAGUCACACGUGGUGUGUUUGGACUUCAGAGUUGUGUUGCUGGGCUAUGGGCUUUGCUCAUAGAUCCUGUUUUUCAUGCUGACAAAGUAUAUUCACAGCAAAACUGGAGUUGGUUUAACUGUUUAAUAGCUGCUGGAUUUUUCUUGCUUGAAAAUGUAGCUGUUCAUGUGUCCAAUGUUAUUUUUAGAACAUUUGAUGCGUUUGGUAGCUCAUCACUUGCUAGCUUUUGGUGGCUUGGCUGGUCUGGUGAUAAUGUGAAAUCUGGACAUUAUCUGCCUUUGAUGGGAAUGUUGCUGGAGAUGAGUACUCCCUCAACAUGCAUUUCCUGGAUGCUUCUAAAGGCUGGCUGUGCUAACACCUUUUUCUGGAAAGCAAACCAGUGGGUGAUGAUCCACCUGUUUCACUGCCGCAUGAUUCUUACUUACCACAUGUGGUGGGUGUGUAUUUUCAACUGGAAUUCUGUGGUGGAAAAUCUGGGACUUCUUCAUUUUAUUGUUUUAUUCUCAGGAUUAUUUGCCGUUACAUUAAUACUUAACCCAUACUGGACAUACAAAAAAACUCAGCAACUUCUGAACCCAACUGACUGGAAUUUUGAAAACAAAGCAGUGGAAAAUGGAAAAUUAAAUGGUGAAACACAUCAAAAGAAGAGGAUGUAA